CUUCCAUCAACCUUGGAAUCUGGGAUCGAGUACUUCGAAUCGGGCUGCACUCCAUAGAAUCACGUCGAUAGAAUCCCAUCAACCCGUAAUUUUCACACCGUCACCGCACCAACGCCAAGUUCACAAGACAAGCAUAACGCACUUCAUUCAUCCUUUUCACAAUUCGAGCGCGCACCGCACGUAUUAACAACAACCCUUCGAUACUCGUCCCCAACCCACGAAACAAACCAGAGCGGUAAAAGCUCUAGGUUAUCCGAGAAGCAGGAAGAAGAGUCCAGGCUAUAUAUCCGGACUCGUAGGUACGUGUUGCACCCGAAACACACACACACACACGCACCACACCUCUCGGGCGCACAGAAAAGUUCAUCAUGUCCUAUCCGCCUCCUCCAGGCUCCAGCAAUUCGCUCCCCCCACGACCGCCUCCCUCGCGCUUCUCCGGCUUCAAGCCGGCCUUCUCGCCCGCGCCAACCCACUCCCCGAGCCCCGGCCCCUACGCGCCUCCCGCCUACUCCAGCGCCCCGACAUAUGCUGGCGCCCCCGCCCCCGCCCCCAGAAACCAGUAUGGCUCCUCGUACCAACCGUACGCGCGCCCGGGCACCGUGACCGGCGGCUACCAACAACAAUCGCAGCCACCAGCUGCUGCGGCGGCGAAUCCGUACUCGUACCCCGGCCAGCAGCAGAGCUACCAGCAGAGCUACUACAGCGCGCCGCAGGUAGCCGCCGGCACUACUGCUGCGCCCUCGUAUGCCGCCGCACCCCAAAUCCGCAACCCCUUCCCAGCUCCUAACCAGGCGAGGAGCGACGACUAUGACCCGGAUAUGGCAGCGCAGAUCGCGCAGUGGCAGAGCGCAUAUGUGAAAGAUCCCACCAAGGAAGGGGGUGCUGGUGCUGGUGCACCACCAACGGCAGGAGCGUCAGCAGCAGCGUCUGGAGGGCGAGCAGGCUACGCCAACAGCGGGACGACGACGUACGCUGCGGAACCGAGUGCCAGCGCCGCCGCCGCCGCAUCGGCAGCGGCAGCAGCAGCAACGAACGGAGAGAAGAAGAAGACGGUCGUGCGAUCGGGCGGCGGGCAGAAAUGGUCCGACGACACGCUCCUCGAAUGGGACCCCUCUCACCUACGCCUCUUCGUCGGCAACCUAGCAGGCGAGACAACCGACGAGUCCCUCUACAAAGCAUUCUCGCAAUGGAAAUCCCUACAAAAAGCGCGCGUAAUCCGCGACAAGGUAACGUCCAAGUCCAAAGGGUACGGGUUCGUAUCCUUCAGCGACCCGGACGAGUUCUUCCAAGCAGCCAAGGAGAUGAACGGCAAGUACAUCCAGAGCCACCCGGUCGUCGUGCGCAAGAGCACCACCGAGAUCAAGCCCACCACCGUCAAGGACAACAACCGCUGGAACAAGAACGGCAAGAACAAAAACAAAAAUAAGAACCGCGGCGGUAGUGGUUCUGGUGGUGGUGGUGGUGGGAAGCGCGACGACGGCCUCGAACCCCAUCUUGGCCCCGUGCCUACGGGUGUACAUAAGCCGGGCCAGAAGACGAAGGGCGGGUUGAAGAUAUUGGGUUGAGGAAGGGGAGGAUGUAUGCAUAUACCCUGCUGAUGCCUACACCUGCAUUAGGUGCCUAGGUACAUAGUCAUUAUGCUACCACGCUUAGCUUGUUUUAAUAUUAGGCGUUAUAAGCGCGCAGCCUAGAUCAGAAAACUCGUUUCUAGACACCAAGGAGCAUAUUAUACUAACUAAUAAAUUAUCACGGAACACCAA